AAAAGUGUUUUCCUUUGGAACUCCAUUAUUCGAGCUUACUCACAAGCUCGUCAAAUGGGUGAUGCAGUUUCGCUGUUCUACGAGAUGCUGGGAUCUGAUACGAUGCCUGAUAACUUCACGUACGCGUGUUUGGUUCGUGGGUUUUCGGAGAGUUUCGAUUCCAAGGGGCUGAGACGUGUUCAUGGCGGCGUGAUUGUUUCCGGUCUUGGAUUCGAUCAUAUUUGCGGCAGUGCAGUUGUGACAGCUUACUCGAAACUCUGUCUUGUUGGUGAAGCAACUAAGGUAUUUCAUUCGAUACCGGACCCAGAUGUCGUUCUUUGGAAUGCAAUGAUUUCUGGUUAUGGAAGCUGCGGAUUCUGGGAUAAAGGAAUCAGUUUGUUUAGUUUGAUGCUGCAUCUUGGAAAAAGACCGGAUUUUUACACCAUGGCAGGCUUGACGGCCGGUUUAUCGAAUUGUGGUUUGUUAAUCAUUGGUCAAUCUGUCCAUGGAUUCUGUUUGAAAGUUAAUCUAGAUUAUGAAGUUCAUGUCGGUAGUGCGCUAGUAAGCAUGUAUUCUAGAUGUAAGUGCAUUGAUUCGGCUUACCGCAUGUUCCUCACUGUCCCCGAGCCGGAUUUGGUUGCAUGGUCUUCCUUGAUAACAGGUUUUUCGAGAUGCAUGAAUCACAAGGAGGCAUUGUUUUGGUUUAGCAAGUUAAACAUGAGUUGUAAGAAGAAGCCUGAUUGUAUAUUAGUGGCUUGUGUAUUAGGGUCCUGUGCAGAAUUAUCAAAUCCAAUGCAGGGGAAAGAGGUACACGGUCAUGUUCUUCGGCAAGGAUUAGAACUGGAUAUAAUGGUUUGCACUUCUCUGAUAGAUUUCUACUCAAAAUGUGGUUCCCUAGAUUCUGCUAUCAAUGUUUUUGCUGGAAUGGCAGAGAAAAAUGUUGUUUCUUUUAAUGCCAUUAUUCUGGGUCUUGGCUUACAUGGAUUUGCC